AUCAUCAUGACGUCCGCUCCUGGUCGCAUCAACCCCUCGGCGCAGAAUGGCUUCAGCAAUGCCGCCCUGUAUGACAAGCAUCGCCCUUCGUUUCCCGCCCACAGCGUCUCUGUCCUGCUCGACGGCGUACGCGUCGCCGACAGCCCUCAAGCCACAGUGGUGGAUCUUGCGGCGGGCACCGGCAAGUUCACAGAACUUUUGGCCGACAGAGAUGAGGGGUACGAGAUCAUUGCCAUUGAGCCGCAUGCCGACAUGCGCAAGGUUUUGGAGGACAAGCACCUCAAAGGCGUCAGCGUCCAAGAUGGGCUUUCCACCGACAUGAAGUACUUGAAGGAUGAGAGCGUGGACGCCAUUAUAGCUGCCCAGGCAUUCCACUGGUUCGCCAACCUCGAAUCCCUGGAAGAGAUCAAUCGUGUGCUACAGCCACACGGCGCCUUUGGCGUGAUUUGGAACAUUGAAGACUACAAUGCACCAAAAUCCCAUGCCGCAACCACCGCAUGGGAGCAAGAAAUCCAAGACCUGAUCUUGUCCUUUGACGACAAUCAACCCCGUUUCCGCCACGAGCAAUGGCGCAAGGUGUUUGACGCCCAACUCUCUUCUAACCCUCUGUCCAUCACAUCUUCCGCCGAGCCUCUGUUUUCUCUGCCGCUUGCCGAGAAUGUGGAAAAGUGGAGUGUUUGGUUGAGCGAAGAGGCGCUGUGGGAUAGACUUAGUACAUUGAGUCAGAUUGCCGUGCUGGAAGGUGAGGAGAAGGAGACUGUGAGGGAUUUUGUUAGCAAGACGUUGAAGGGGGAUGAUGUGCAGAAGAAUGAGAAGGGGGAGGUCGAGUUGCAUGGCAUGACUGUUGCGGCGUGGACGACAAAGAUUCCGCAAAAGGGUGCUGAGAGUCUGUUUACUACUGUCAAGGAUGCUAUUGCUGGCAGAACUUGA